AUGCUGCAGCCACAUGGGUUCUUUAACUACUCUCCUGCAGUGGAUGUUCACCCUAGUCCUAGAGCUGGUGAGUCAGAUGUGAAGGAGGGCCAUGUGAAAGAGAUGAUUGCCACCAAGUCGGUUUCAAAUGGGUUGAUAGCCAUGCUUUUACCAUCCAUUCAAAGAUAUAGGAAGACUUUUGGAAACAUAGAUGAAGACGUUGGUGACUCGAGAUCAUAUUCUGUGCUUUUGCUCAAUACAGAUGCCCAUAACAGCAUGGUCAAAGAUAAGAUUAGUAAAGCUGAUUUUAUUCGGAACAACCGUGUGAUUGAUGAUGCAAAGGACCUAGCUGAAGAGUAUUUGGAUGAAGUAGUGGAGGAGCAAAUUGCAGAUGAUGAUGUCAUACUCAUCAAAGGAACUAAAACAACAGGGGUUAUGUCGAUAAUUCUGAGAGGUGCUAAUGACUUCAUGCUUGAUGAAAUCAAUAGGGCGGUACAUGAUGCUUUAUGUAUUGUCAAAAGAACCCUCGAAUCCAAUAUAGUGGUUGCAGGAGGGGGUGCAGCUGAGGCUGCUUUAUUUGUGUAUUUAGAGUACCUUGCUACAACUUUGGGGGUCCCGCAAACAGGUGUAGGUAUUAUUGCUUGUGAUGGUGUUGCUGGAUUAUAUAGAGGUUUUGUGCCAAAUGCAUUAAAAACGUUACUAAACAGCAGGUUGUUUGAUGAUGAAUCAUGUAGGAUUUGGGAUGCUAGGCAUUCUCAAUUCAUAAGAAGCAGUCCAUGUAAGUUUCUUGGUCCUUUAAAAGGUUGGCGAGGUGGGUUAUACCUUUCAAGAUCUAUUGGAGAUAGAGAUGUUGGGGAGUUCAUUAUUCCAGUUCCUCAUGUCAAACAAGUGCAGCUAUCUUCUGCUUGUGGGCGGCUUGUAAUUUCAAGUGAUGGAUUCUUGGAUGCUCUUUCCACUGAAUCAACUCUGGAAUGCAGUCGCGGAUUGGCUUCGGAAUCAGCAGUAGCACAAAUUGUCAAAGGGCUUUCUUGA